AUCAGCCCGGCCGAAGUUGACGAGACGAACUCCUUGGAGUCGGUGGAAACCAUGAGUGGGUCGGGCGGACGCUGGGUUCCGAGGAAAUGGGCCGUUGAAGGACGGUGAGCAGGAGACUUGGACGAGCCGAAGCUAGCGUCUCACCCUCUCGCGCGUCAGUGGAAGUCAGUCGGCGCCUCGGAGGAAGCGCUUCUUCUGCCCGGCAUGCUCGCGCUCUGGGCGCGGGGACUUCUCCGAAGCGGAGUCCGUGGCGCGCGGAUCGGACCGGCGCGGCGCCUCAUGGGGACUCACGGCAGGAACGAGCCCAGAGAAGCGCUCAACUCCCCGAAGAGAGCGAAGGAGUUCAUCUACCGCCUCCACCCCGGAGAGAGGAGGUGUUUGCUGGAGCAGCUGCACAACUUCGAGUCCAUGGCCGCGGCCCAAGAAACUCUGGAGCCGACGGCGCCAUCUGCUGCUCAGAUCAGAUACGUGUUGUUCCACAACGCGCUUCCCUUCGUGGGCUUCGGUUUCCUGGACAACGCCAUCAUGAUCGCAGCUGGAACACAGAUUGAACUUUCCAUCGGCAUCACACUCGGCAUCUCCACCAUGGCGGCCGCCGCCUUGGGGAACCUGGUGUCGGACCUGGCGGGCCUCGGUCUGGCAGGUUACGUGGAAGCUCUGGCCUCCAAGUUGGGAAUGGCAGUUCCAGACUUGAGUCCCAAACAAGCCGACAUGUGGCAGACCAAGUUCACCUGUCACCUGGGAAAAGCCAUCGGCGUGACGGUGGGCUGCAUCCUGGGAAUGUUCCCGCUUCUGUUCCUGAGCGACGAAGACGACAAGGAUGCGGCGCCGCGCAACGACGAUUCCUCACAGAGUCAGCAAUAAUCCGCGCACCCCAACUCCCUCGCUGGUGACUAGAUCGCCAUGAAGUCAUCGCGCGACUACUUUAAAAUGAAGGUCAGACUUCCCCUGGCUGCUCGUCUUGAUUGAAGCCAACAGUAGGGGGCAGUGUCGAGGCUCGGUCCUCUCCAGCCAAACCUGGGGUUUGUACAUAUUCAAUAACAUAUUGUCGCGCUGCUAAUGAAACGCACAAUCAAAGACCGAGAACCUUUUCAGACGCUAGACUCAGCAGUUUCAUUGAAACACUAAAGCACUCCUUGUUCAGCGCCAAAACCCCGCCAGUCACGGUCGUCUCUGCUAGCUACCGCGACUGGCGGGGUUUGUAAUUUCAGAUCGCAUUUGUUUGUGUUGCCAGAAAUUUCACGCCAUAAUCCUGCUCAAAACGCUUUUAUCGUGUUGCACUAGUGCCGACAAGCAUCUCACGAAGUUUUGCACCAGUUGUCGCGGAGGCUGCCAGUUAGCAUGAUCCUGCACGCGACGAUUCUUUUAACGCUGCUCCAUUUUAGCCGCUCGUGUUGCCCAAGUGUCCAAAAGACUAGUUCCUCUUUACAAACACUCAAGUUUUUGUGUCAGUCAGUAUUUUCUGUAAUUUACUGUGGCCUUGAACGUCUCAUGGAAACACUUUUUGUACUGUGGAGGAACUGGAACUGCUUCUCGAUCGGUGUUGAAUGAACUGUUGUUUGUGCUUUGAUGACAAAACAAUCCGUGAGUAAAUAAACUGGAUGUGUAACGUGAACCUGCUGUGUCACACUUUAAGUCGCAGUACUGGGCCAAACAGAAUCGGAACUUAUCAAGUGACUCCAAUGACUGGGGCUGUCAGUGGAUGACAUUUUUUUAAUCUCAGUUAAUCGCACUACGUCUGAGGCAAAUUAACCCAAAACCUUCUGUUCAAUAAGAGACUUACUGGCCACGAGAGGCAGUAACGUUUCCAGCAAUGUCUUCCUUUAAGCUACAUUUAGAACAGAUGCAAAAUGUGUGAUUAAUUUUACAUCAAUCGUUAAAUAUACUCUGCGAUUAAUUGAGAUUCAAAUUUGAAGUUUUUAGGGCUACUGACACCUGGUUUAUUGAAAAAUAAAAUAUCAUUUUAGGGAAUAAAUGUUGAGUAAUGUCGAGUAUUUUUAUUACAAUUGAGCACCACCUAUUGUUUAUAAUCACUUACGUGAUAAUUUCUUUAAUCGCAUUUUCAGAAUUAAAGCCAUUUGCUGUGUGAGAUGCUCAGUUGUGAUAAUAUGGACCACAAUAAAGCCCAGGAAAGAUAACAGAGAUCGACUAGACCAGUGGAGUCCACAUGAAUUGAAGAGAGGCCAGUCGACCCGAACCAGUUGAACAAGCUUAGGAGACGUGUGUGUUUCAAGAAAGACAAACUGCAACUAUAAGCAAGUCCAAACCAUCUGUCACCCACCUG